AUGAAUAAAACGGGCUGUUAUGCAGUAGCUGGUUUUGCGGCUGGUGCAAUAACAGGGAUGUCUAUACCAGGUUUAGCCAUUACGGUGCUUGGCUGUAAUGCAGGAAAAGGCGGAUGUAUGACUGCUUGUUCCAUGAAGUUUUAA